AUGUCUUGGCAUCUCCGAACCACUGAGCACCCUUCUCAUCAGCUUCACGACAUUCAGCAGCUUUUCUUCGAGCUAGCUGAGCAAAAAACAACGCGCAGUACGCCACGAAUAGCUCGCAUCACCCGGAUAUUCCCAAAUUACGUGAGCAGCGAGAAUCAGGUAAUCAAAUCACCCGUCCGAGUCUUCUGUACCCUCUUUAUAACUACAACGCAUCAGCAUCAGCAGUAUGAACUGAUGGAAAACAGCAGCUUGAGGGAUUCAGCCAUUUUACCAUUCUCCAGGAUGAAACAUCUGAUUAUCAACUCAGAUCAGUCGAAACAUCGUCUUGAGCCAGAGAUAUCUCUUAUCUUCUUUAAAGAUACUCCAUCUCUCACUUAUGGACCUUUGGUUGAAACUUUACUUGACCACGAUACUCUUGAUUUUCUAGCCAAUUGUGACAAUUUGGAACAGCCUUCUCUCGGCCUUACUAUCUCGAGAGACUAA